GUACGAUUUACGUAACCUUGAAAAUAAACCAGUUAACCGAAUAUUUCUGAAAGGUAAACGAACUCUAAAAAUUUAGGGUGGAUAACACCGGCCUUCACAAGGUCGCUAGAGGAUUAGAGAUGGGUAUAUAAACCGGAGCAAGGGUUGGCCAUAGCAGUCUAACAAUGGCAUUCAAGGUUGUAGCUCUCUUGGCUUUCGUCGCCGCCGCAAACGCCCAGCUGCUGAGGCCCGCUUACAGGCCUUACGCUGUGGCCAAUACUUACGCCGCCGCUCCAGCUUUGUCGCUGCUCGCGCUCUCCCACUCGCCGCCCGCCCAGUCCUCCGUGCCGCCGCCGCCCCAGCCUACAUCUCCAGCUCCUUCUCCUCCCCCUACGCCACCUACGCUUACUAAUUUAUUCUAUGCACAAUAUGGUCUGAUAUUUAUAUUUUCAUAA